UUCUGCCCCAGUUGGCGCUAGGCUAGGGUAAAUGGGAAGCUAACGAAAGGUGAGAAGUUUUCCGCCGGCAUUUUAUUAAAGUCAGUGCAUAGUUAUUCUUUGACACAUGGGAAACCAAGCUGCAUAGAAGGUCGAGGACUUUAUCUACAGCACAGCGGGGCUGCAGCAGGUGGAAGCAGCAGCCGCCGCCACGGAGAUGGCCAACUUGAACUGGAAGCCGUUUAUCUACGGAGGGAUGGCCUCGAUUGUCGCAGAAUUCGGCACAUUUCCCAUUGACCUUACUAAGACCAGACUACAGGUCCAAGGUCAGUCUCAGUACACAGAGGUGCGCUACAGAGGCAUGUUCCAUGCCCUGUUCAGGAUCGGGAAGGAGGAGGGCAUUCGGGCACUCUACUCUGGAAUUUCCCCGGCUCUUUUGAGACAGGCUUCUUAUGGGACAAUCAAGAUAGGAACCUACAAUUCUCUGAAGAGGCUAUUUGUCAGUCAGCCAGAAGAUGAGACGAUGGUCAUCAACGUCUUCUGCGGUGUCGUGUCUGGAGUCCUGUCGUCCUCUUUGGCCAACCCUACAGAUGUUCUCAAGAUCAGAAUGCAGGCACAGGGCAGCCUGCUCCAAGGCAGCAUGAUGUCCAACUUCAUCAACAUCUACCAGACAGAAGGCACCAGAGGACUGUGGAGAGGUGUCAUCCCCACAGCACAGCGAGCAGCUAUUGUUGUCGGAGUGGAACUUCCUGUCUAUGACAUAACAAAGAAGCACCUCCUUCGCUCUGGCCUCAUGGGAGACACUAUUUUAGCACAUUUCAUUUCAAGUUUUGCAUGUGGCUUGGCGGGGGCACUGGCCUCCAAUCCUGUAGAUGUGGUCAGAACUCGAAUGAUGAACCAGCGAGUUUUGUCUGGAAACCCCAUUUACAAAGGAACAUUGGAUGGACUGAUGCAGACAUGGAAGAAUGAAGGCUUCUUUGCUCUCUACAAGGGAUUUUGGCCUAACUGGCUACGACUGGGACCUUGGAACAUCAUUUUCUUCAUCACCUUUGAGCAGCUGAAGAAGCUCCCAUUUUAACAAGAGCCGGUAGUGGGACUGUGUGGGUCGGUUGGACUGUGUCAGAGAUAAGUGGGGCAUGAGCAUGGCAGCACCAGGAGAUUUGGCAAAUCUAUAUUCACACUCCCUUUGAACAAAAACCAGUUUCAUUUCAAGUCUUUUUUUAAAUUUUUUUAAGUUUUAUUUAUUGUCACUGAUUCUGUUUUAAAGCCUGCUGUGGUUAAUGAUUUCGCUCACCAUUUCACACUCCUCAGGCAGCUAAAUAUGUAGUUCUAGCAAAAGAGGGAAAGCUUAGAGGACAAUGUGUUUUGUUUUGUUUUUCUCAGCUGAUGAGAAACAGAUUAGUGUGAAUUGCAUGACUGGAUUUUUAAACUUGGGUUUUCUGAGAAUAGAGUGCACAUUUCUAAUUAUUUGCUCAGGAUUCUUAGACACAGCUGAUGCACAUACAGAGGAAAAAGGGUGGUAGAUUUUAAAACGACUGUGUCGAAAGCUUUGUUUUAGGGGAAAGAUGGCGCAUGAAAUUUGCUCAGAAAAUCUCAUUUUAACUGCCAGUGAGGAAUGGCAUGAAUGAGUGGUACACGUGACAAAGUGACUGUUACUGGUAGUCACAGUAAUAAGAGAGAUGAAGGUACAACAGAGUUGACACUGAAACAGAGAGAUGGUGGCUCUUCCAGUGAGUUGUCUCUGUGGAGUUUGGUGGAAAAUAACCCAACACAUUGACUUUUUUUUGGUCAUCUAAAGGUUUUUGCUAUUCAUUUGUUCUGUUCUGUUGUUUUACAGUGAGAAAUCUGAACCAUCUGAGCCUGUGAAGAGUAAAUUGCACACAUCAGCUCUUAUUAAGAAAUACUUGAUUCAAAGCAGCAGCCAAUCCUUAACAAAAGGUUUGUUUUGUUUAUGUUUCAGUUCUGUUCACAUCCAUCUGAAUCAGUAUUAGGAUGUAGUCGGUGGUGAGCAGAGCUUGCUGCCACACCAACAAGAGAACAAUCAGUACAUAGUGUAAAUGUAUGUACAGACACAUUCACUAACAGAGGUGGAUGUAUUUUACCUGAAGCAUGUUCCUGUACAUACAAGGCCUUAUUGCGCUAUCUUUCCUCUUUUAACCUCAGUUCCUGUGCCAAAUUGCGUCCCGUCCCCAACUUGCACUUGGUCUUUGUAAUAAGUCACUGUAGUUGAUGUAGAUUACUCGGUGACAUGUGUACAUUUGUAAAUCACAUUCUCUGAACUCCACCCAUGCAAAACAGACCAGACAUAUUUACAUUUAUUUUUAACUGCGUGUUUAAAUUUUAUUUCAAAUAAACAAAUUUUUUCCCUCA